CUUAUUAAAAUUCCUAAAGCUGAUCAGCCAAAUGAAGCUCAUAUAUUUGACUUCCACGUGUCAAAUAUUGGCAAAGAUAAUCCUCAGGGAAGCUUUGACUGUGUCAAGCAAAUGGGCUCAAGUUCUGACGCCUUGCAACUCAGUUGCCUGGGAUUAAUACAGAAUAAAAUUACAGUAUGUGCAACAAGGGAUUCCUAUGAGACGACCAGAGAGCGCAUGACCCGGGCAGAAGAGGAGUUGCGCAAUCGAACUGCAAAGUUUAUUAAACCUGGUGGACCAAUUUUAGGAGGAAGAGUCCAGGUGAAAAGAGCAUCACUCAACUUUCCACUUACUAUGCCUGAGAGGAAGAAAUCAACACUGGUGAACCCUGCGAACACAGCGCGGAGGACUCAGAUGCACAACGCCAUUUCUCAGCAACCGUACAGAGACAGGAUCAUUCACUUAUUAGCACUGAAGAACUACAAGAAGCCAGAGUUACUUGCUCGCUUGCGCAGAGAUGGUGUCAACCAGAGGGACAAGAAUUGCCUUGGAACCAUACUUCACCAGGUAGCCACCCUGAAUCCAAAGGAUAAUUCUUACAGUCUGAAGGAUUAUCUCUUUAAAGAUAUUAAAAAAGAUUGGCCUGGAUACAAUGAAAAAGAUAAACAGUCAUUGGAGUUAAUACUUUCUAGAAGAUUAAAUCUGUCUCAGAAUGCCACCAGCACCAGUCCUUUGGGAUCUCCUGGAACUUUUAACAAAGAUGCUCCACCAGCAACUUCUCAGAAGCGGAUGUUAAAUGUUGAGCUUACCAAUCCUCUGAUGAACAAGAAGCAGAGGAUAUCUCACGUCACCAGUCGAGUCCAGCUGUCAUUGGGUAGCCACUUGCCUGCCUUCAGCGAGAAAGCCGCCACUGCCCUUCCGUCAUCUCCCCACCCUGAAGCCAGUGCUACUUUUGGUUCUCUGCUGCCUCCCAAGCUCCAUCCCACCUCCAACCCUCCUCAAACCAUCACUUCCAACUCCCCCAGCACCCCUGAGGGGCAGGGAACACAAGACCUACCGGUGGACAGCUUCUGUCAAAGAAGAAGUAGCAUCUACGAGAACUGGCCACAAAAAUACACCUCAGGGAUUCCCUGGGGAAUCCCCGUGCCUGCGGUGACACAGUUGAGGCCACUCAAGUCCGCAGACAAAAAGCCCAAGGAGGUCAAAGAGCAUCAAAGCAAAAUGCGGGACACUACAAAUGUGAGUGAGGAGGAGAAAGACCUUACAAAAGCAGAAACUUCCAAGCUGGAAAAAUCCACCUGUUUUGUUUCAGGCAAAGGAGAUGGAGAAACUUGCACUGCCUCCACAGAUCCUACUUCAUCAAGUGAGCAACCAGACUACUUCAGGAAGUACGUAACUAUAUCCUCACAUGAGCAAUGCCAGCGCUAUAAGGAUGACUUCAGUGCAGAGUUUGAUGAGUACAGGAGCCUGUAUGCUCGGAUGGAGAGCAUCUCCAGAAAAUUUAAGGAGUUUCAAGCGCAGCGGAAGCUUCUUUCUCCAGGGACCAAAGAAUUUCAGAUACUUCAUGACGAAGUCAUAGAAGAGUAUCGAAAGAUUAAACAGUCUAGCCCCAGCUACCAUGAAGAGAAGCAUAGAUGCGAGUAUCUUCACAACAAGCUGUCACACAUUCAGAGACUAAUAGAGGAAUUUGACCAACGGCAAGCAGAGUCAUGGCACUUGUCUUCUGCUUCAGCCAACACAUGA